UUAAGAGUGUCUCUUUCUAUGGAUUUGUUUCUUCUGCUAAAAGUAGGUGGGUUUCAAGAGCAGGUCAGGGUGCACCAGGCUCUUCCUGGCGUAUUUGUCUUUUUCCACAAAGGAAAAAGGUACUGGCCAGUCAGCAACUCACCCGCCUUCCUGCAGGUCUCAUCUGUGAAAGUCACAGGGACGCUUUCCUGUUGCCACAGCCACCAGGCCAGCAUCGUUUCUCAGAAUUCAGUAUAGGAGCCCAGGCAGCUGCCAUGAAGCCCGAGUGGGGCCCAGCCCUGGCCCACGUAACCCUGGCCACCAGCCUGUGCGCAGCUGUCGUGAGCACGGGCAUCUUCGAUGGCGUGGCUGUGCAGGUGGGUCUCCAGCACUAUGCCGAGCAGCCUUUGGCCCACCUGCCCGCCUUCCUGGCCAUGCCCUUCAACUCCCUCGUCAAUGUGGCCUACAUGCUGCUGGGCUGCUACUGGCUAUGGAGGAAGCCACCUACCGCCAGGCACCCAGACCCCAAAGCUGCGCCGCGCUACCUGCAACACGUCUUUGCGUCCAUGGCCCUGCUCUACGGCCCCGUGCAGUGGGUGCGCAUUGGGACCCAGGCACGUGCUGCUGCCCUGCUCGACCAGUGGGUCACCCUACCUAUCUUUGCCUGGCCAGUUGCCUGGUGCCUCUACCUGGACAGGGGCUGGCGGCCCUGGUGCUUCCUGGGCCUAGAGUGUCUGUCUCUGUGCAGCUAUGGCCUGGCAUUGCUGCACCCCCAAGGCUUCGAGCUGGCACUAGGUGGCCACAUUGCAGUGGCUGUGGGCCAGGCUCUGCGUGCUCAAGGCCACCGGGGCAGCUCCACCUCCGCCACCUAUUUGGUCCUGGCUGUGCUCUCCUGUUUGGGCUUCGUGGGUCUCAAGCUCGCUGACCAGGAACUGGCACACUGGGCCCCCUUCCGGCGGCUCACCGGCCACUUCUGGUCCAAAGUGUGUGACGUGCUACAGUUCCACUUUGCCUUCUUGUUCCUUUCUACCCUGAGCCCCCAGAGGCUGGCGCAUCAGGACUAGCAGCACUGACAGAAAUAGCGUCUGGUACCCCACUCAACUCUCAUCAGUCACUCAGAGCAGUUUAUCAGGGUGAGAGCCUCAGCUUCAGGUGUCCAGCCUGGGCCUGUUCUGAGCAUUGUUCUGCAAUGGAGAAUUCUAAUAAAAUGUUGGGGCCACCCACCCGA